AUGGCACUCGAUCCACGUCUAAAAAUCAAAGGACAGCGCGGCUCGUUCAUCGCGCAGUACCUUGACGACGUCCGCGAGGAGAUAGUCGUCCAGACUCAGGCGGGUAACGCGGAACGCGAGGACGUCUACUUGACCGUCGCGCGCGGCCUGGUUCUCUGCUUUGGUUACGAGAAUCCCCUUAGCAAUGAGACGCCCGACAUGAAGUACUGGGGUUUGAAGCUGACCGAUAUACCCGCCGCCAAAGAUAUGCCUGCGCUGCCUCUGGAUGAGGCGAUCAAAAGGGAUGCAGUCAUCGCGGGUCUCGUGCAACGCGUACGCAAUUACAUGAAAAACCUGCGUCACAGAGCGAAAGUCACCCAAGGUCAGACGGCGUCGCUGGAUCAAAGACGGAUCGACCGCGUUAUCAAUGCUUUCGCGCCGGCUCCAAAGCCGGCAAAGGCGCUCGACGUUUAUCAAAAAUCCUUCAAGAAAUACUACAUGCCUGACUUCGAGAAGAUGUGGAAGGAAAAAGAGGACGCUGCGGAGGGCAAUGCCGCGCUUUUGAAGAGGCUGGCGGACGUACGCGGCGGACAAGAGCGCGUGUUUGCUUCUCAACGCUGGGGGAAGGCACCGGGGAAGGUAGUGGAAGAAGUGGAGAAGGAGCGCUACGUUCUUCACCGCGUCCAGUGCGACAGGUACAAUGCGUUGUGGGGAUCGCCUCCGGAGAAGCCGCCAAAUUCGCGUGCAUGGAUCAUGCCGGAAGCCGGCGCUUUCUUUCAGUCAAUCCUCAACUGGUCGGCUGUGCGCUUCGGUGUGGCGAUGGAGUUGACGAUUGCGGGUCAGACAGACAAAGGAGUGCCGGAGGCGCGCAGCCUGUUCGCUUCUGGGGAACGCAAGGAAGGAGCACCCGCUCUGGACGCGUUCGCGGCGUCUACAACGAAGGAGACUAAAAUCGUGCUGAUGCAGUACGUGAGGGAUAUGCUGACGGGCAACGUCCCAAAGGACGUGACGCCGCGCGUCCCGGGCGAUGGAAGCGUGGGAGAAGCGGGCUUAGAGGUUGGCAAAGAGUUCAAGGAGGUACGCUUGCAACGCGAUCUGAGCAGUUACUGCGAGCGUACACUAACAACGGCAUGGAAGGAACUCGCGGAUCACCCCAUGACUCUGAUGGACGCUGAUGACGCCGACAAGUGGUCGCUCUCGCAAGAGUCCGCUUCCAACGGGGCUUUCCCGGGCGCAGCCGUGCUUGCGCGCCGAGCGGGAGGCACUGCAUCGGCUUCGGGGUCUCGCGGCCCUUCGCGUCUCGAUGAGCCGGCUACUGCCUCGCGCCGCCUCACCAUCGAUAUGGACAAAGAGGAGGGCGUGGACUUGAACCUGCAUCCUGACCCCGAUUCCGGUGACGCGUUGUUGUUGUCGGAUAUCAUGGAUGUCGACGAUGACGCGGAGUUGGGCAAUGGACGCGACGUCGGUGCUUCGACUGGACGAUGGAAGGGUAAAGGGAAGGCGGUCGAGGGUGGAUCGACGCACCAGGGGCGCUGGGAUGUGGCGGAGGAGGACUUGUUCGAUGCAGAAGAUGAAGAUCUGGAGCAGUUACAGCGUGCGGACGACGACGACGACGGCGAGCAGUAUGCCACACCCGUCGCGCAAGCAGGAUCUCGUGGCGGCCUAAAAGACCCUUUUGCGAAUACGUACGAGGGCGACGGCUUCGCAAUGGGCGGUCAAGAUCAAUGGACACGUAACUCUACGCCAGACACGCGGGGUUCCUCUCCCGAGACGACGACGUCUGUGUAUUCUGAGCGUCUUGGAGAGCUCCUGGUCGGGGCCAACACCGCUCCCUCUGUCAGCGACGACGACGGGACCGCCUCCGACGCGUUCAACUUUUGGGAGGACGAAAACGCAGACGCAGACGUCGAGGCUCUGCUGAGUGGCAUGUUUGUGAAUCGUCAGCAACAGGCGACGAAAGCUAAGACGCCGAGGACGCAUUUGCUGGCAGGGAUCAAAGGUAGAGGAGGUGGCAGUCGGAGAAAGCAGCCGACCGUCCAGGACAAGGACAAGGUGGAUGCGGCUGAGGGUGCCGGUGCCGGAAAGGACGGUGUGGAUUCCUCGAGAUCAAACGAAGGGCACAGUCGCCGCGCUGGGAGCAGUAACGGAACUAAGAAGGUCAAACGAGGCGGCUCAUCGCGCGGCCAACAUAAGGCGUCGAGUUCGGGUGCUCAAUCUUUGGGAACUCAGUCUUCUCGCGGUUCCACGGCGGCCAAUGCUCUCAAUGCCGCUCGCGUGAUAUCGACAGCGAAGGCAGUGGCUGCGCGCCUUGAAGGAGGUAUGCGCGAAGUGGAUGCAGCUUCGCGCGACGACAGGGAAGCGUCGUUCUCGCCCCCGCCGACGAUCUCCGAGCCGCGUAGGGUACGCAAGAUGAGGGUGACGUCGCCUGAGGAGCAACCGGACGAUCGCAUGCCUGUUGCGAAUACGGCUGAUGCGGAAAGAGAAGUGGGCGAUGACCGGGAGAACCGCUGGGCAGAGAAUGACGUGGCGGGCAUGAAUGGCUGGAUUAGGGAUCACGUCGCUGGAGGCGGGAAGGAUGAAUUCGGCGCGGCGUGGAACGCAUAUAUCAGUACGAACGGUGCCGAUGGAAAGGCGAGGCGGACAAGGCUGGCGGAGGCGAUGCGAGAUUUGCCGGUGAACAUGCACCUAUCGCACGCUGAGUUGGUUGAUUCGAUGGAGGAACUGCUUCGUCAGGACAAGACAUGGGACGUGGGCGCCGGUGGUCAUCUCAGUUCGACUGGGCGUCCCAAAGAGGUAACGUCCAUGACGAAGAAGCGUGGCGGGGUGUUCUCCACACCGUUGCCUAAGGGUUGGGGUCGCCAGAUGGCGACGUGGUGGUUGGCGUUGCAGCCAGCAGAGCGCGGGAGGGCGGUAACGAUCGGUGAGCUGCUCCCGCCUCAGCCAGAUAUGGCAUGGGGUGCUUUGGCGAGCUCACAGGGCUACAAAGGGGUGUUCCUACUGGCGUGGUGCAUGAUGCAUUGGGCGUGGACAUCCGAGGAUCUGGCGCUUUGGCAGUCGGUUGCUGAUGAUAUGGCAGCCGCCUUCAAGGUGAUCCUCGUUUCACGAGGGAAACAUACCGCCGGUUCGGCUGCUUCAACUGCUGCGACGGCAGCCGAGACCAGUCGUGCUAAGCGUACGGUGGCGCCGAUAGAUACGGGAGAGGGGCAGAAUCAACGUAAGAGGCUGCGUCGCUGA